AUGACCAAGGGGAUUAUUUUGAUCGGAACCAGAAUUCACCUCACGUUUUCUAAUCGCAACGAAAUUACCGCCGUGGGACGGUCGAAGCUGACUGUUCUGUCUGCUGCGGAACAUUGCAUACUGAUCGGCCUUGUCAUUCAGGCUCGUAAGGUCACAGUGGAUCACGUUCUUAGUGACCCGCGCCCCACACCGGAUACGGUCGGUAUAAAGCGUACGGAAGGCUAA